AUGGAUCUGAAUUUCGAAUACAUUGCUGCUCAUAUCAGCGAUUAUAUUAAUAAUGAAAACUUCUUCGAUACAUUUGAUAUGAGGGAUAUCAAAAUAAUCAUGAAAAAUUCACAUUUGACAGCUGAUCAGUACGUUACUCUUCUUAAACAAUCUUCAUCAACUCUCAAUUCCAAAGAAUUAUAUAUCUGUACAAGGAAGGCAAACGUACGUGUCCAAAAUCUCGAAGAAAUUGUUUCAAUUCUUAACUCUGUAAAAAGAUACAUGAAAUUCAAUAUAUUUGAUGGCAUUACAGAUUUUUUAAAACAGAAUGAGAAAGUUAUAAACGAUUCUACGAACAAAAGAGAAAUAAUUCAAGAUAAAUCCAAAGCUUUUCAAAAAGAAAAUGAAAAUGCAACCAAAGAUACUACUGUCAAUGUAACUAAUGAAAAUUACAAUCAUUCACGAGAUAUUUUAACUAAAAUCACAGAACUUAAGAAAUCUAGUGAUUUUGAAACAGUUUACAAAUUCCUUGAUGAACUUUCUUCGACAGGAAACCACGAAAUGAUUUCAAAAUCAGUCGAAGAAGGACUUUGGAAAAAGAUUGAUCCUAAAAAAUAUAAAUAUGAUUCUGAGAGGAAUGUUCUUCAUUUUGCAAGUGAAAACGGAAAUCUCAGACUUGUUCAAUCACUCAUCGAAUGUGGUUGUGACAAAGAAGCAAAGGAUAAUUAUGGAUCUACUCCACUCAUUUAUGCAUCAGAAAAUGGUUAUCUUGAAGUUGUUAAAUAUCUUAUCUCUGUUGGAGCUGAUAAAGAAGCAAAGGAUAAAGAUGGAUAUACUCCACUCAUUUUUGCAUCAAGAUAUGGUCAUCUUGAAUUUGUUAAAUAUUUUAUCUCUGUUGGAGCUGAUAAAGAAGCAAAGGAUAAAGAUGGAAAUACUCCACUCAUUUAUGAAUCAAGAUAUGGUCAUCUUGAAGUUGUUAAAUAUCUUAUCUCUGUUGGAGCUGAUAAAGAAGCAAAGGAUAAAGAUGGAAAUACUCCACUCAUUUAUGCAUCAGAAAAUGGUCAUCUUGAAGUUGUUAAAUAUCUUAUCUCUGUUGGAGCUGAUAAAGAAGCAAAGGAUAAUUGUGGAUAUACUCCACUCAUUUUUGCAUCAAGAUAUGGUCGUCUUGAAUUUGUUAAAUAUCUUAUCUCUGUUGGAGCUGAUAAAGAUGCAAAGGAUAAAGAUGGAAAUACUCCACUCAUUUAUGCAUCAAGAUAUGGUUAUCUUGAAGUUGUUCAAUAUCUUAUCUCUAAUGGAGCUAAUAAAGAAGCAAAGGAUAAUGAUGGACAUACUCCACUCAUUUGUGCAUCAUUUAAUGAUCAUCUUGAAGUUGUUCAAUAUCUUAUCUCUGUUGGAGCUGAUAAAGAUGCAAAGGAUAAAGAUGGAUAUACUCCACUCAUUUAUGCAUCAGAAAAAGGUAAACUUGAAUUUGUUAAAUAUCUUAUCUCUGUUGGAGCUGAUAAAGAAGCAAAGGAUAAAGAUGGAUGGACUCCACUCAUUUAUGCAUCAAGAUAUGGUUAUCUUGAAGUUGUUAAAUAUCUUAUCUCUGUUGGAGCUGAUAAAGAAGCAAAGGAUAAAGAUGGAUAUACUCCACUCAUUUAUGCAUCAGAAAAAGGUAAACUUGAAUUUGUUAAAUAUCUUAUCUCUGUUGGAGCUGAUAAAGAAGCAAAGGAUAAAGAUGGAUGUACUCCACUCAUUUAUGCAUCAAGAUAUGGUCAUCUUGAAGUUGUUAAAUAUCUUAUCUCUGUUGGAGCUGAUAAAGAAGCAAAGGAUAAAGAUGGAAAUACUCCACUCAUUUUUGCAUCAAGAUAUGGUCAUCUUGAAUUUGUUAAAUAUCUUAUCUCUGUUGGAGCUGAUAAAGAAGCAAAGGAUAAAGAUGGAAAUACUCCACUCAUUUUUGCAUCAAGAUAUGGUCAUCUUGAAUUUGUUAAAUAUCUUAUCUCUGUUGGAGCUGAUAAAGAAGCAAAGGAUAAAGAUGGAAAUACUCCACUCAUUUAUGCAUCAGAAAAUGGUUAUCUUGAAGUUGUUAAAUAUCUUAUCUCUGUUGGAGCUGAUAAAGAAGCAAAGGAUAAAGAUGGAUAUACUCCACUCAUUUUUGCAUCAAGAUAUGGUCAUCUUGAAUUUGUUAAAUAUCUUAUCUCUGUUGGAGCUGAUAAAGAAGCAAAGGAUAAAGAUGGAAAUACUCCACUCAUUUUUGCAUCAGAAUAUGGUCGUCUUGAAGUUGUUAAAUAUCUUAUCUCUGUUGGAGCUGAUAAAGAAGCAAAGGAUAAAGAUGGAUGGACUCCACUCAUUUUUGCAUCAGAUAAUGGUCAUCUUGAAGUUGUUAAAUAUCUUAUCUCUGUUGGAGCUGAUAAAGAAGCAAAGGAUAAAGAUGGAAAUACUCCACUCAUUUAUGCAUCAGAAAAUGGUCAUCUUGAAGUUGUUAAAUAUCUUAUCUCUAAUGGAGCUGAUAAAGAAGCAAAGGAUAAUUAUGGAUCUACUCCACUCAUUUUUGCAUCAAGAUAUGGUCGUCUUGAAGUUGUUAAAUAUCUUAUCUCUGUUGGAGCUGAUAAAGAUGCAAAGGAUAAAGAUGGAUAUACUCCACUCAUUUAUGCAUCAGAAAAAGGUAAACUUGAAGUUGUUAAAUAUCUUAUCUCUGUUGGAGCUGAUAAAGAAGCAAAGAAUAACUAUGGAAAGACUGCUCUUGAUUUCGCAAGAGGUUCUGUGAAAAAAUACUUUUUGGAAGACAAAACCAAAUAG